UGCUAUUUUCAACACUUUUCCGUAAUGAAUCGUCUUCAAUUAUUCUCCAAAGGACUUCGACUGAUGCACAAAAUGUCCGAAGAAGCACUUGCAGGCGUGCCAUUGGUGCACAUCAGUCCCGAGGGCGUAUUUAAGUACAUCCUGAUCAAUGUCAUUGACGGAGGAGAUGCUUCAAAGGCUGUAGUUCGUGGUUUUUCGGAUUGCCAAUGGCAUGCCGACAUCUUCGAUCGCGAGGAGGAGGUCUUCAAAAAACUGGGUCUUCGCGCCGAGUGCCCCGGUGGCGGUCGCAUCGAGCACAAUCCCGAUAAGAAAUACCUCAAGGUCUAUGGAUACUCGCAGGGUUUUGGAAAAGGUGAUCACGCCCAGGCGAAACGCAUCUUGGCCACCAAAUACCCGGACUAUACGAUCGAAAUCUCUGAUGAAGGAUACUAG